AUGUUCUUCCUCUUGCGCUACACUCUGUAUUUCCUAGGCUUCUACUUCGUCACCAUGCUGUCCUGCUUCGCUCUCUAUACCUAUCUCCCGAAGCCUCCUAGGAUCCUCGGCUUCGUCGCCCGCUCCAUGGCCGCCUAUAUCAGCCUCAUCGCCUGCGCCGCCUAUGGCACAAUAUCCUCUGCGAUCCUCCGAGUUCUGGGGUUACAUUUUGCAUAUGCACAGUGGACGACGGCCAAGGCGUUCAAGAAUCUCUGUGCCUACACGGUGGGCGUCAAAUUCGACGUUCUGGACAACGGCUACGAGAUCCUGAACAACACCCGCCCCGCGGUUUUUAUCGUCAACCACCAAACAGAGCUAGAUGUGCUGUUGCUGGGUUGGAUAUGGCCGAAAUACUGCUCCGUCACGGCCAAGAAAUCACUUCGCAACGUCCCCUUCUUGGGCUGGUUCAUGGCCCUCUCGGGCACCGUUUUCAUCGAUCGGGUGGACCGAAGUGCGGCCUUGAAAGCUUUCGAGGGCGCUGCCAGGACCAUGCGAGAGAAGAGACAGAGCGUCGUUAUCUUCCCCGAGGGUACGAGAAGUUAUUCCACCGAACCGAUGCUACUCCCUUUCAAGAAGGGCGCUUUCCAUCUGGCUGUGCAGGGCGGUGUGCCAAUAGUACCGGUUGUGGCAGAGAACUACAGCAGUGUGCUGAACCCCAAAACGAAGAGGUUUAAUGCCGGAACAAUCCGAGUCAAAGUGCUCGAUCCUAUUCCUACAAAAGGCCUCACGGCGGCGGACGUCGAUAAGCUAACACAAGAAACUCGCGAAAAGAUGCUCAAUGCCCUUACGGCUAUGGGCAAAGACUCGAAGUCACUAUCUAUACAGAACAAAAAGGACUCCUAA